AUGCAGCUACAUACCGCACUGUCAGCCAUAGUGGCGGCUGUCUUCUUUGGAAGUAUAGCUCAUGCGUCUCCGAUGCCAUGCCCUGAUGUCAUAAGAGAUCAGAUCUUAUUGGGCCUUUUGGAGCCAGAAGCAUGCUGUUCCUACGGAAUCUGCAAAGGCGAUGUCAACGUGCAGGGUGGUUGA